AUGUCCUACACCCCAUUGCCAAAUAUUAACGACUUCCCAACUCUAGGUAAUCCUCUAGAAGAUGCCAAGAGAGCAGCUGCUUAUCGUGCUGUUGAUGAAAACUUGAACUUUGACGAACACAGAAUCAUCGGUGUAGGUAGUGGUAGUACUGUUGUUUACGUUGCCGAGCGAAUUGGUCAAUACUUGAAGGAUGAGAAGUACCAUGACAAAGUAUCCAAAUUUAUCUGUAUCCCUACUGGUUACCAAUCCCGUAACUUGAUUCAAGAUAAUGGUUUAAUUCUAGGUUCUAUCGAGCAGCACCCCCAUGUAGACAUUGCCUUUGACGGUGCUGACGAAGUUGACCACAACUUGCAAUUGAUCAAAGGUGGUGGUGCAUGCUUGUUCCAAGAAAAAUUGGUAUCCACUAGUGCAAAAAUCUUCAUUGUUGUUGCUGAUUCCAGAAAAAAAUCGGAUACUAACUUGGGGAUAAAUUGGAAGAGAGGUGUGCCAAUAGAAAUCGUGCCUUCGGCCUGGUCAAGAGUUCAACAUGACUUGACUAGCAUUCUCCAUGCAAACUCUGCUCCUGUAAGGCAAGGUGGCAGUGCUAAAGCCGGUCCAGUUGUCACUGAUAACAUGAACUUCUUGAUCGACGCUGACUUCGGUGAAAUUCAAGAUCCAAAAGCCCUACAUGAACAAAUCAAAAUGUUGGUGGGUGUCGUCGAAACUGGUCUGUUCAUUGAUAACGCUCACAGAGCUUACUUCGGUAAGCCUGACGGUAGCGUUGAAGUCAUUGAUAAGAAAUAA